UAUAACUGCUGUCCCAUUUGUCUUGGUUACAGAGUCAAGUGACCUUGGUCUAACUUAGGUGGGGCAAAAUAUACCCCCAGCGUAUUUGCUAUGGGAGGGUAAGGUUGGCUACUGAGAUACCACAUUGCACAGGCUGGCCGACAACAGCUGUGGGAGGGGCUUUGUAUGGAGAUGAAGGGCAUUAGAGAGGGCCAUCAGCACCCCAUGGAUUAUGGUAAUCCAGUUCCACUACUCCACUGCAGUUCUGACCCAGGUCCACACGCGAAGGAAGAUGGAGGUCAGCACACGGUGCGUCCUGCUGUCCAUCCUGCUCCUCUCUGAAGCGCUGAUUGGUGCUCGCACCCAGGAGGAGGAAGAGUUGGAGGAAAGUGAGUCAGUUGAGACAUGGACGGGAAAAUCCUGCAAGUGUGACUGCCAGGGAGAGACCCCCACGGAAUAUCCGACAACCACGACACCGGCCCCGCCUCCACCUCAGAGCAGCUUCCUGGACUGCAUGCCAGAGUGUCCAUACCACAAACCACUGGGUUUCGAGGCUGGAUCCGUCACCUCAGACCAGAUCAGCUGCUCCAAUGAGGAUCAGUACACGGGAUGGUUCUCCUCAUGGGUGCCCAACAAGGCUCGCCUCAACAGCCAGGGCUUUGGGUGCGCUUGGCUCUCCAAGUUCCAGGAUACCAACCAGUGGCUCCAGAUCGACCUGAAGGAGGUGAGCGUGGUGUCGGGCAUCCUGACCCAGGGCCGCUGCGAUGCCGAUGAGUGGAUGACCAAGUACAGCGUCCAGUACCGCACCAACGAGAACCUCAACUGGAUUUACUACAAGGACCAGACUGGGAACAACAGGGUGUUCUACGGCAACUCGGACCGGUCCUCAUCCGUGCAGAACCUGCUGCGUCCACCCAUUGUGGCGCGCUACAUCCGGAUAUUGCCGUUGGGCUGGCACACACGCAUUGCCGUGCGCACGGAGCUGCUGCUCUGCAUGAACAAGUGCUCCUGAGGCUCCGCCCCGAAGCCAGCAGAACCACGCGCCCAAAUCACCGCUUAGCCCCUCCCUCUUUAGCUUCCACUGUGGAACGUGCAGUCCUAUAGAGCCUCAGAAUGGUCACAGAGACCACACCAAACACCUUCAAACCCAUCCGAGGGUGCUUUCCACUACUGUUGUUUUUUCAUUUAUGCAACAAUUCUGGUCUUUUAACUGUGGCAAGGCAGAAAGGUGAGAUAAAAGAGAGUGAACCAAACCUCUGUUGGGAAAGGAUAAGUGUAGGAGGAGGGGAAACGCAGGAGCAGCACAGAGGGAUGUGCAGUGACACUGCUGGGGUUGUUUUCACUCUUUAUUUCUCAGUUCUGCCGUGUAUUGUGACUGUUAUGUAGCGUCGUCUUACUUGUCCCCCCUUCGAUGUUAUGGAUGUCAUUUUUGUUUUGUCUGCUGUCUAGAAUGUCUCCUACGACUGUGAUGUCAAAUGCAAAAAGGCAAAAAUGCACUUAAUUACAUUUUUUGUUGUAUUCUGUAUUUUUUGUGUUCUUGGGUUCGCGUCCUUGUGAAGAGAAAUCAGACUCAGCAGUUAUUAAAUAGCAGACUGAAGGGAUUAAUGCCUUAGUUUACCGUUCCCCAGUGUGGAAGGCAUGCAGGGCGCGCGCGCACGCACGCACACACACACACACACACACACACACACACACACACACUUGCUCACAGCAAUACACCGCAAGGGCUUUUAAGAUAACACCCAUCCAGGUGACCUGAAGGUCCGAACAUGUAAUACUCAGAAAAAAAUGGGAUUAGGUUUAAACCCACAACCACCAAGCCACACUUAUAAUCAUAUUGACAUUGUUUUAUUUAUUUAUGGUCAAAAUCAUAUAAUAUUGUUUCAACUGGAACACAUUUCCUUCUCAUAAAUAAUGCAAAAAUUGACAAAAUAGGAAGUAAUCACAGUAGCCCAGUUUCUGAAGUGCAAAACAAUGUAUAUUUUUUUUUGUUCAGUAAAUAGCAUGUUUUGCAAGAUCCAUCCAAAAAUACAAUGUGCUUAGUAAAAAUGAGUUAUUUCCAUGCCAGUCGUGGGGUAAGUUAACAUGAUGAUCAUUAUAUUUACAGACAAUACAGGGUUUUUGCCAUGAGAUACAUGCCGUGGUACAUACACAGUAACCAGACCAGACACUAAAUGGGAGCAAAAAGCAAACGAAAUCGAAGGAUGCAGGCACAUUGGGGUCAGUCCCCCAGGACACACACCGUUGGACUACAGAGCCCAUGGAUAUACAGGCAAUACAUUCAUAUCUGCACAAGCGAGUGGCCGCGUCUCAAGCAAGUGUCCACAGUGUUGCUGCAAAGGGAGGAAAAUAUAAAUAAAACUGCAUAUUUAGGUAAACGUUUCGAAUGGCACUAACUUUAACAAUUUAUAAUUUCACAUAUAGUAGUAAGGCAAAGCCCCCUACUGACUUUCCACUUGCUUGCAGCAGGCACUGGUAAUACAAGGUGGAUUCGGUGUUCAUAAUUAAAUGCAAAAAAUAAAACACUUCAAAUCAAUGCUAUGGAGAGUUUGUUUUAUGCACAGGGAUGAGAUAGAACUCUGCUAAGUGUUGAAUCAACUCCGCCUGCUCUCUUGAUCACCUCCUUUUUAAAACGGACAUCCAAAUAAAAUGUGUGAUUUUUUUUUUUUGUAGUAUUUUUUAACUGCCAUUAUUCACUGUAAUAAAGAAAAGUGAACUUCUGAAAUGAAGUGAAUCAACAAAACAUUCAACAUCCGCUCAAUUAUUCUCGCCCUUACCAGGCGCUUGUAAGUAAUCUCACUUAAAAGUAUCUACAUCGAUAUUACUUCUUCAAUAACAUUUAAAAAAAUAUUCUGACAUUAUCUCACACCAUAUAGAUAUUUUUUUCUUAAAAUAGGUUGCUUUAAAUAUAAUAUGCCUUAGUAUAUAUACGUACACAUGUGGGCCAAUAAUGUAAGUCAUGUAAUAUUUAAAAGACAUUCAGUCCAAGACAAGACACACACAGACACACACAGACACACACACACACACACCGGGAUGGCUUAGCAACGCCACUGCAGCCAAACUUUAAACCCUGUUAAAUCCUCUCCCUUGCAGUUUGCCACAUAGCUGUUUAAAUCAAUUAACAGAAGACACACAAUAAUGCAGGAAAUGUUCUGAAAUAAUGAAUUUUUCAACGAUACUAGUUAGAAAUCUCAGUCUGUUACAGCAGUGCUGAUGCAUGGAGAAACCUCGAGGUUGCCUUCAGCUGCCGGGUGUUUCUGUAUGACAGCACAGGGGACAGACGGCACGGCUGCGUUCUGCAUUUCGGUCUCCGGGCCUGCUGUCACAUGUACUUAUGUUCCCCACACCACUGAUCAGACAUCAGUUGCAUUAGCAAGAAAUCAUUCAAAGGAAGGGAAAUGGGAAAAAAUGUAGGAGAAGCGGUAAUUCAGGUGCAGGUGAAAAACAGACGGCUCUGCUAGAUCCAACAGCUCCGACUGUACAAAUGGGGGGGGGGAAAAACAACUUUCCAAACUUUAUUGAAUUGCUGUCUGGUUAAGAUCAGCGUCUGGGUUUCAAAUGCCUGCCUUCACGUGUUCUUUAGCCGCUGUCAGUGAGGGUAAAGAGCAAACGUGGACCUCUUGGACUUGGAUGGAAUGACACACAAUGGACUGGGAUGUUAUUGCUGAAAAGCCAGAACAAUCCGAGCGGCACAAACGUUUGCUUCCUUUGUUGCGAUCCAGUCAUCCCGGUGCGCACACAUUAAGUGCGCCACAUUGGAAAGGGGACUUUUAUGCAACGUGGCGCCGUAAAGAAGCCCGACUCCUAACAACAAGUCGCCAAAUUAGGAUCAGUGAGUUGGAAGAUGCAGGGCUGUGUGUUUACUGGAAAAACAGUCAUUUGAAUGUGAAACAAUAUUGAAAACCCCCAGAACGGUCUUGCCAGUCCACUCCUGCGGUGACAACUCAAUACAUGCAUCAAAAAAAAAAACGCAAACAAACAAUAAAAAAAACUAUGCUACAACUUUAUGAUAGCAUGUGAUAGCGUUUCACUUAGUAUUUCAUUGCAGCGUGUGUAGAAAGUUUUUUUUGUAAUAUAAAUAUUACCAAAAAAUAUCACAUUGGUAUUAAUAUAAUACAUUGUGUUGUUCAACAUAACCACCAUCCCAGGAGAAAGAAAAGACGUCGAAAGUAGAAACAGCAAUUUAUGUACUUAUUAAGGUAACAUACCUGAAACACAGAACACAGAUACGAUACAAAAAGAGCGCGUCCGCGAGGAACGCGGUAAUUCCGCGGAAACAAAACCCCGUGUUCAUGUUCGUUGCAGGCCUCUGGAGGAAGAGAUGACACAAGUAAGGGAAAACGGCGUUACAAGUCUCUACAGCCUCUUUUAAAGUGCAACAUGGAGGAACACAAGGAGCUGUGUUUGUGGUUUUUCUUUCCUUCUACAUACAUUACAACUGGGUCAAGCUCAUUUGAAGCACAUCACGUUCACGUUAAGGGCUGCUCCCUUACGCAGACUGGUAUGAAGAGUUGGCUCGCGCCAAUGUAAAAAAAUCUGACUCGCAAAGAGUUUAUUUCUCUGUUAGACAUGGCAAAAUAACCCCAAAAAUUCUCCCUUAGAGGAAUGAUGAAGAAUCCAAAAGCAGUUUAAAACCCUGAUUUGCGAACCAAAGUGUAAUUUACAGUUGUACAGUAGAAGUUGGAAGCAACUAUUAAUAUGCUGUAAAUGUGAGGUAUAUUGUAGAUUCUUCUAGAACUUCAAAAAAAUUGUGGUUACUAUACACUUAUUGUAGGUAACUUCUUUUUCAAGUGAGGGUUGCGGUGGUCAGACACCUAUCCUGGAAGCACAGGAUGCUAAACUAGUUAGGGUACACUGUGGGCCAUCCAUUGCAGGGCAAUCAAUCACGCACACACACACACACA